UGACUAGUUUGCCUACGACAGGCUGCAUAGUAAGUUAAUAUAUAUUUGAGAAAUUAUCUUUUAGACAAACUGUUUUUUUUGUUUGUUUUUUUUGCUUUAGAGCAUUUUGGUUUACACUGAAAGUGAAGAAAAGAUGAGAUGAAAAAAAUCCAAAUGCCUUGCGAGCAUAAACUGAGCUUUUGAGCUUUUUAUAACCAUGUCUGACAUAAAACCACAAUGAGAAUCUACCAUGAAAUGACAGCGGCUUGCUGAUGUUUUUUGUUUAGUGCUUUUGUGUCUGAGAGGGCCUUCACCUUAUUUCCACUGUGGUAGAAAAGUAAAAGGGCAACAAGAUUGUUCUAAAUUUCAGCCAAUCAUAGUUUCCCUAAAACUGGCUCCUCCCAGUUUAUAUGGUCACAUUUAGUUGAAUCAUAUCUAAUAAGGCCACAGAAUCACAGCAAUCUUCUAUUGGAUCACCAGAAAACGAUGCUUUUAAUUUAUUUACUCUUGAUGCUCAAAGAUGGUCGUUGUAAAGAUCAUCCCAUUAUGGAUACACAAACUGUAAAUGUUGGAGGACUUGUGAAGAUCACAUGUUCACGCAGGUCUGCUGGAGAAAUAAUUUGGAUGAGGAUAGAUUCUGGAAAUUCUGCUGAAAAUCUUGCGAAUACUGGGAAUAUGUAUCCUCAUAUUAAAUUUGAGACAGAUGUCGGAAUAUGGGUGUUAAAGAUAACGAAUGCAAGUUUAAAUGAUUCUGGAAUUUAUUUCUGUCUUAGAAAUUAUCAGGAAAACAAGAUAUUUAUGAAACUGACAUAUCUGACAGUUAAAGAAUCUGCUGUCACCACAGUGCCCACAUCUGUUCCACCUCAUCUCCAUGACUCAGUGACUCUCCAUUGUUCAGCCCUCCGUGACUCUCGAAAUAAAUCAUGUCCUGAAGAUGAGAAUUUGCUCUGUUUUAGAGCCGAAUCAAUUCAGACUUUUCCAGGUUUCAACUCCACUGACAAUGCAGAGGAAAGUGGAUUUAAAUUUAACUCUGAAGGAUGUCUCUACAGCUAUUUCAAGAACUCCAGCUUGUCUGAUGCUCAGAUGUAUCACUGUGGUGUGGCAAAGGAUGACAAGGACACAUCUAGAGAAAAAUCAAAGCCUAUCGCUGAAGCAGAAAACACAGGAGAUUCAAGAAAUUACUAUACAGUCGCCUGUCUACUGAGUGCUGCGUUGGCUUUCUGUCUGGCUAUUAUGGCCUUCCUCAUAUACUUAGUCAUAGAAAUUAAUAAGCAGUUAAAAGGCUCUUGCAAUGACACAGUUGCGCUGCAAGCACAUGAACCAAGCAAAGGAAAUCCAGAAAGUCAGAAGUCACAUGAGAACUUGGUUUAUUCAUCAGUUUCUACAAGAAGAAAAGCCAGCAAAAAAAGAACAGGGGCCACAGCAGCUGAAGAGCAAGAUGUCAUCUACACAGAAGUUAAUGUUCAUGGGGUCUGAAAAGGCUAAGCUAAUUUAUACGUUUCUGAUUUUUAUCUGAAGACUAAAUUUAAAAUGCACUUUAUUGUUAGUUUGUUGUUUUUUUUGGUUAUGUUAUUGUUAUUCUGCAUUCAUUUGCUUAAAAUAAAAUUUCUUACAUGCUUCCCAAGUAGACACACGUAUUUUUACAAGUACUUAGUAAAUGAAAAAAAAAAACAUAAAUAAAAGUAAUUAUCAUUUGUGUGUUUUAUCAGUCAGUUAUAUAGUUUAUUUAUGGCUAAGAACAUGUAGUUUUGAAGCAUUUUUACAAAUUGUUACAGCUUCAUUAAAGUUUAAGUCUUAACUCUU